UUCUGCACAGUUUCACAUGUAUAUGCAGCAUUAACUGGCUCAGAGAUGGGAUUCUGUCCAGUGGGUGCUUGAUUUUUAUUGCAGCUGAAGGUGUUGCCCUCCUUCUCCUUCUCCCUUUCCCCAAUGUCGGACACGUUCUCAGCAGCUCUUGGCACUUGCUGUACUGCAGGAGUGACUGCCUCUGCAGCAGCAUGCUCCCACAGAAGUGUUCUGCUCACAGAGAUUUGGCUUUUGAGCUGCUGGUGAAGGAACGGGUCCUGCCCUGAGCCAGUCACAAUCUCAAGAUUGAAAAGUAACUGGAAGACUUCUGAGCGAAGAUGAAUUUAGCAGAGAUCUGCGAUAAUGCCAAAAAGGGAAGAGAAUACGCGCUCCUUGGGAAUUAUGACUCCUCUAUGGUAUAUUACCAGGGUGUAAUCCAACAGAUCCAGAGACACUGCCAGUCGAUCAGAGAUCCAGCGAUAAAGGGCAAAUGGCAACAGGUCCGACAAGAAUUAGUUGAAGAAUACGAGCAAGUUAAGAGCAUUGUCAACACUUUAGAGAGCUUUAAAAUGGACAGACCUGCAGAUAUCCCCGUAUCCUGUCAAGAUGAGCCUUACAGAGACCCCGCUGUUUGGCCCCCUCCUGUUCCAGCUGAACACAGGGCCCCGCCUCAGAUAAAACGUCCCAACCGAGAAGCAAAGCCCUUGAGGAAGGACUCCCCAGGACUGCAGCCCCGGGGGCCCGCGGGCAGAGCGCACCCGGCCUCGAGGAGCGACAAGUCCGCAGGCAGCCGUGACAGGGAGCCGAGGGCUAGAGGGAGGGAUGACAAGGGAAAGAAAAUACCCCAGGAAGGUGUUGGUGAUGGGGAAAUUCCAAAAUUUGAUGGAGCGGGUUACGACAAAGACUUGGUUGAAGCUCUUGAAAGGGAUAUUGUGUCAAGGAAUCCGAGCAUUCACUGGGAUGACAUAGCAGAUUUGGAAGAAGCCAAGAAAUUAUUAAGAGAAGCUGUCGUUCUUCCGAUGUGGAUGCCUGAUUUCUUCAAAGGGAUCAGAAGACCUUGGAAGGGUGUGCUGAUGGUUGGCCCUCCCGGCACUGGCAAAACAAUGCUAGCGAAAGCUGUUGCUACAGAAUGUGGAACGACGUUCUUCAACGUGUCUUCCUCCACGCUGACAUCUAAGUACAGGGGCGAGUCUGAGAAGCUAGUCCGCCUCUUGUUUGAAAUGGCGAGGUUUUACGCUCCAACAACAAUCUUCAUUGAUGAAAUAGAUUCCAUCUGCAGUCGCAGAGGCACGUCUGACGAGCACGAGGCGAGUCGCAGAGUCAAGUCGGAGUUGCUGGUGCAAAUGGACGGGGUAGGUGGUGCCCUGGAAAACGACGACCCCUCCAAGAUGGUUAUGGUGUUAGCUGCUACUAAUUUUCCCUGGGAUAUCGAUGAAGCUCUCCGAAGGAGACUGGAAAAGAGGAUUUAUAUACCUCUACCCACAGCAAAAGGCAGAGCAGAUCUGCUUAAGAUUAAUCUUCGGGAAGUAGAACUGGAUCCUGAUAUCAGCCUCGAAGAAAUUGCUGAGAAGAUUGAAGGUUAUUCUGGUGCUGACAUCACUAAUGUUUGCAGGGAUGCCUCUCUAAUGGCAAUGAGACGGCGUAUUAACGGCUUAACUCCAGAAGAGAUUCGGGCUCUUUCUAAAGAGGAACUUCAGAUGCCGGUUACCAAGGGGGACUUUGAGCUGGCUCUGAAGAAAAUCUCCAAAUCUGUUUCUGCUGCGGACCUGGAGAAGUAUGAAAAAUGGAUGGCGGAGUUUGGAUCUGCUUAAUCUCACCGACAGCUCUCCGUUGCUAGAGUUUUAUGGCUUUUGUUGUUUUCACUUGCAAAAUGAGUUAGAAAUCUUUUUUUAAAGGUUUAAUAAAAGGUCUGCCUCCCCUCCCGUGCUGCCCCCCUUCUGGUGACAAGAUCUUUUAAACUCCAUUUGCCUUUAAAGGGAGCGAACACAAUAACGAGCUGAUACUGUAAAAAAUAUAUAUAUUUUAUGUCUGAAAUAGUAAAAUCAGACAAACAGGAAGGGAAAAAAAUACUUCUGAGAAUAACCUUUUCGUUUUCCCAAUGACGAGCAGUGUUGUUUACCUUCUAAUAGUCAUCUUUCAUGGCUAGAAUCAGUAAAUCAGCUGGGGGACGUGACUCCAGAGGAGCUAACAAGGGCUCGCUGCACCCCCUGCUCGAAGUGCUACGUUUCUGUUGAGCCGCCGACUCUGCCUCCCCUGGACGUGGCAUCGAAGCUGCUGUUCCUUGCUGCUGUUCUCCGCACAGAUUUCCAGAGCAAAGCCUGUGGAUUAAUUGGCAUUUACGCAGAGGAAACGAGGAUCGGUUUGCCAUCAAGACGGGGGCUCGCCUCUCUCGUACACCCGUUUGGCACCGAUGUGACUUCAGACUGGACUGAUGUUACUUUUUUGACUUCUCCUGGUGGAAAUGAGAGGAAAAGGAAAGGGCCUUGGCUGCUUUCAGCCCAUACUUGAUCUCUGAACAUAACUUGUACCUGUUUGACCAGUAGGCACUUUGGCUUAAGUUAUAUCGUGCACUUUUAUGCUUAUGUAGAAUCCUGUACUUUGCUUUCUAGAUAUUAUUAUUAUUGUUAUUGUUGUUAUUUAAGUAGGACUUUAAUACAGUAAAGACACUAAUAUCAAGGCUGUCCUAAAAAUACAUGACUGUGGACUUCCAGUUCUUCCAGUUAGGCCUGAACCCUUUCCUAGCUUUACUAGGCGAUGGAAUUUGCACUUGUUUACACUGCAGAACUGUUAAACUGUUAAUGUUUUUUUUUUUAUGAAGAUUUCUUACAAAUGUAUAAAUGCAAUUGAUUUAGGGAGAAAAUAACCUGUACAAUCUCAUUUAUGUUCUUAUCUGUUUCUUCCCUUCCCAAGUGCAAGGAUGAGAAGGGUUGGGUUACAAACCCUAGCAUGAGAAGUCCUCUCUGGAGCAUAAUUGUCACGCUUUUCACAGACCUGGGCUGCGAGUCUGACACGUGAAGGUUUCCCAUGGAAGGAAUGAGAAGGAUAGGUCAAAUUUACAGAGGAAUACGCAAGCUCUGAAAUUCGUGGUGAUUUUGUGAGCUGGAUGCCAAGUACUGUGUUGGAUCUGAGUUGCUGUGCAGUUCAGGGGGUUACUGUGCGCUCUGGCUUUCUGCUGAGACGUCAGGUGGCAUUGCCAGAUGUGGGGAGCUGGAGUAAGACAUGGAUCUCUUAAUUAGGCCAAGCAUUCACAGUUGCUCACCUCCUCUUGGAUGGAAGUAUGUCCUUAUUGCUCCUUUUUGCUAGUUCUGGAAGUUGCAAAUAAUGUCCGUAAUCCAGCACAGUGGUCUCUCAGGGCAUGACACGCGAACCACCAAGGCAAAUGGUUGUUGAGCACGCCUCCUGUUCAGUAGCAGGGACUGUCAGGAUACGUGCUUGACAACUCUGCAGCAUCUAUCUGAUUGCGUGAGCAACAUUUGUGGUCGUGUUACCAUCUCCGUUUGUCUGCCAGCGUUCCUUCUCUCUUCCUUUCUGUGUAAAGACUACACCUCAGGCUGAUCCUGUCAUUUUCAAGGGCCCCACUAAUUUCCAUGGGGAAACGCCUUGGAGUUUGUCAAUCUUCCAUUUGACGUAAAAGUCAGCUGGGGCUUUGGAGGCACGUUUCCACGUGGCACUGCAGAAAUCCACCUUCUGUGGUCCCCGGGCUGGCUGAGACACAGCUGCUGUUCACGUCUGCCCAAGGACAGCGCAUCUUGGAGUUACCCUCUUGGCCAGGGAGGUCAGUGCAGGGAGAACAUCGGCUUUUCCCUCUUCACCUCCGGGCAGAAUUAAAGCUCCCCUUUCCUCCUGGCUGCCCACUUUGCACCAACAGCCCUUGGGCUUCACAGGCUCUGGAAGGAGCAGCUCUCUCUGCACUGGAAGAUGAGCAAGCACAGAGCCGUGUCGACUCUAUAAUUUUAGGAUAAAUUCCUCCCAGUGCCAGUCUGUUCCUCCCAGGGAGUAACUGGAUCUUUACAGAGAGAAAGCUUUGAAAGCCUUGCCACAGUCUGUCAGUUCUUCCUCCUGAAAGCUGUGUGCUGCGGCUGUUUUGCUUUGCUUUCUUUUUUUUUUUUUUUUUUUUUCUUUUACUGCAGUAGAAAUGGGUAAAGCUAUGACUCUUCUGUGGCCGGUGCCAGAUUAGCACUUCAGAGGCUCUCGCUAGUCUCAGACCACUGCUGCCCGAGGAGCUUAUUCUGCACAGGCAAGCCCUAGAAGGGAAGAGACGUGAAUGCCAAUAACCCACACCGUUCGGCUGCCCGGGAGCAGUGCUGGAUUCAGCAGUGUUUUGCUUAGCAAGGUGUAGCUACCCCUUUUCUCAGCUUCAUGUUGCAAGCAGCAGGGCCCUUGCUGCUGCUGAAAGCACAACGUUUAGCAAAAAUGUCCUUCCUUGGGUGUUUGGUGAACCUCCUACCCUAAGGUGUUAAACUGUCCUCUUGCAUGGUAACCAAAAUCCAUUACGCUGGACGUUCCCUCUAGUGGCAAUUGUUCAGGUGCUGCAGUCUUUCUCGAAAGGUCCUGAUUUCUACUCCAAAUGUGUUUUUCUUUUCUGUACAGGCCCAUUCAUCUUAUACUUCUGCAGAAAGGAGAGUUUCCAGGCCAUAGCUCUUUACCCAUACGACGGCUGUGCCCAAGCAUUGCACCCGUGAGUUGAGCUCCUCUAGAUCAGGCGCUGAUCAGACAGAGACCACCCCUGCCUUGCCGAGACCGCAGCGUAGGUGUCAGACCGUGUAUGCUGACCCUUACAUCUCCACCAAGUCUCACUGGUGCACCCACCUUUAGAGGCUGGGUUAUUGUCUCAAAAAGGGAGCAAGGAGGAACAGGGAAGGAAGGCCGGGCCAACGGCGGUAGCAAGGCAAGACCCUACAUGAGUCCAACACCCAUCCCUCUGGGGGAAACCCUUACUUAGGGCCGUUUGAUUCAUCAGAGAGCAACUUGCUAGCAUAUCACAGCCUGCUGCAACCGUUUCUUCAGCCUGUUGGUGUGUGGAGCUGCAUACGCACACGCGUGGAUGUGUGUACGUGGCUAUACGCACACGGUGUGGCGCGUGGUGCUUCGGUGGCUUGGACUUUACCUUACAUAAAAACACGUUUUAAAGCUGUGUUUAUGCGUCUCCUUCAAAACGUCUGUGAAAUGCCCGCUUGGGCGGCACUGUUAAUUUCUGUACAGCGAGCAGUUUGGUUGUAUGAAGUAAUAAAUGUACGUGGAGAGUCU